AUGCGUCGCGCCACCGGCUGCCCGCUGAGCCAGAUCUGCAUCCCCCCUCCGGCCGUGCUGGUGAGGAGCUUCCCGGUGAGCUCCAGCCUGGAUCCCUGCGGCACCACCGGCACCUUCCCGGGCCUCCCUCGCCGCCGCAGCCCCUGCUGCUACCCCGGCACCACCACCUACGUCAGCCUGGGCAGCCUGGGCAGCCUGGCCCAGGCCACCAAGCCCUGCGGCCUCGUGGCCACCUUGAGUGGCCCCCCGUGUGACCAGGACGUGGUGGGGUGCUCCACGAGGUUCUGCAGGAACCCCUGCUGCUGCUGCCGGGUGACCGAGAGCUGUAGCAGGAGCCGGGACUGCUGCCAGGAGGUGGCCAAGUGCUCCACGGGCACAUGCCAGGAUCUGUGCUGCCAGGAGGUCACCAAGUGCACCACCACAUGUCAGGAUCCGUGUUAUAAGGAGGUCACCACGUGCACCACCACAUGCCAAGAUCCGUGCUGUCAAGAGGUCACCACAUGCACAACGACGUGUCAGGAUCCGUGCUGCCAGGAGGUCACCAAGUGUGUUACCACGUGUCAGGAUCCGUGUUAUAAGGAGGUCACCAAGUGCACCACCACGUGUCAAGAUCCAUGCUGUCAAGAAGUGACCAAGUGUGUCACCACAUGCCAGGAUCCCUGCUGCCAGGAGGUCACCAAGUGUGUCACCACGUGUCAGAAUCCAUGUUAUAAGGAGGUCACCACGUGCACAACGACGUGUCAGGAUCCGUGUUAUAAGGAGGUCACCAAGUGUGUCACCACGUGUCAGGAUCCAUGUUGUAAGGAGGUCACCACAUGCACCACAACAUGCCAGGAUCCGUGUUGUAAGGAGGUGACCACAUGCACCACAACAUGCCAGGAUCCCUGCUGUAAGGAGGUCACCAAGUGUGUCACCACGUGCCAAGAUCCGUGUUGCAAAGAAGUGACCAGGUGCACCACCACGUGUGUGGAUCCCUGCUGCCAGGAGGUCACCAAGUGUGUCACCACAUGUCAGGAUCCCUGUUGUAAGGAGGUCACCAAAUGCGUCACCACGUGCCAAGAUCCCUGCUCCAAGGAGGUCACCAAGUGUGUCACCACAUGCCAGGAUCCCUGCUGCAAGGAGGUGACCACAUGCGCCACCACGUGUGUGGAUCCGUGUUGCAAGGAGGUCACCAAGUGUGUCACCACGUGCCAAGAUCCGUGUUGCAAGGAAGUGACCACAUGUACCACGUGUGUGGACCCGUGCUGCCAGGAGGUCUCCAAGUGUGUCACCAGGUGUGUGGAUCCCUGCUGCCAGGAGGUCACCAGGUGUGUGGAAACAUGUUGUCAGGAGGUCACCAAGUGCAGAACCAGGUGUGUGGAUCCCUGCUGCCAAGAGGUCACCAAGUGUGUCACCACGUGUGUUGAUCCCUGUUGUCAGGAGGUCACCAAGUGCACCACCAGAUGUAUUGAUCCAUGCUGCCAGGAGGUCACCAAAUGUGUCACCAGAUGUGUGGAUCCGUGUUGCAAGGAGGUCACCAAGUGCACCACCAGAUGUGUUGACCCAUGCUGCCAGGAGGUCACCAAGCGAGUGACCACCUGUCAGGACCCUUGCUGCCAGGGAGUGACCACCUGCAGCACCACCUGCCAGGACCCCUGCUGCCAGGGAGUGACCACCUGCAGCACCACCUGCCAGGACCCUUGCUGCCAGGGAGUGACCACCUGCACCACCACCUGCCAGGACCCUUGCUGCCAAGGAGUGACCACCUGCCAAAACCCCUGCUGCCAAGGAGUGACCACCUGUCAGGACCCCUGCUGCCAGGGAGUGACCACCUGCACCACCACCUGUCAGGACCCCUGCUGCCAGGGAGUGACCACCUGCACCACCACCUGCCAGGACCCUUGCUGCCAAGGAGUGACCACCUGCACCACCACCUGCCAAGACCCUUGCUGCCAGGGAGUGACCACCUGCCAAAAUUCCUGUGGCCAGGGAGUGACCACUUGCCAAAGUUCUUACUGCCAAGGAGUGACCACCUGCACCACAACCUGCCAGGACCCCUGCUGCCAGGGAGUGACCUCAUGCCAAAACCAGUGUGGCCAGGGAGUGACCACCUGCGCCACCAGCUGCCAGGGAGUGACCUCAUGCCAAGACCCCUGCUGCCAGGGAGUGCCCACCACGUGCCCAGCCCCGUGCUGUGUCCCCAGCCGUGCCACCUCUCAGGCCCGUGGGGGUGUCCAGGUUGUCACCAGGUGCGCCGACUCCUGUCCCACCACCUGCGUCACCCAGACCUGCCCCGUGUGCGGCCAGCGCUGCUCCGUCUCGGGCUGCCCAAAAUUCCGGGCUCGCUGA